AUGUCAAAGAAUAUAGAAGAUAAGUCCAUAUUGGAAGAUGCUUCUACUCUGUUAAUGUUUUCGAAAAGUAAACGAGACUCGUCAAAUGAUUUCGCAAUGUCUAGAAAUUCUUCAAUAUCGUUAUCACCGAUGAAUAAUGUUAACAGUAAUGCUAAGUUCGAUAAUGAUACAACGAAAGAAGCAGCAGCAGCUGCAGCUGCUGCUUUGGCCAAGGCCGCUACUAUUCCUUUGCCGUUAAAGAGAAAGGAGAAGGAACUAACUAGAAUAAAUCGUAAGAGAUCGAAGUUGAAAGAGAACUUUAAUUCUACAAAGGCUAAAGAAGCAAGACCAUCUUGGCCAGUGCCCGAUUAUUAUAUCGUUGAUAAAGAUGAUGGUAUAAUAACAUGUAUCUGUGAGAUUAAUGAAGAAAAUUCAGCGACUAUACAAUGCCAUAAUUGUAAUAGAUGGCAACAUAAAUCUUGUUAUAAAUUGAAUGAUGAAGAUGUUAUUGAGACCUUAUUUUUUUGCAAUGUUUGUAGACCAAGAUUAAAGAAAAAGGAUAUAAUAUCGGCUAAAAAUUUACAAAAAUUGAAAGCAACAAAACAACCAAGCCUGAAUACAAUAUUGACAACAAAUACUCAAACUACUGAGAGCGACAAAGGUACCGAGCAAUCAACUGUUUCUGAUAUUAAAACCGACAAUAUUUUACACCAUCCAAAUUUUAUGAAAUUGGAAAAAUCUAAAUACACUGACAAAUAUGUAAAAGUUUUCAUUAAGAAACACCUUGAUGAUGAUUGGGUUAUUCAACAUAACAAAAAUAAAGAUUGUCUAAACUUAAAUAUGCCAGUAGAAGUUAAAGCGUACACAAAUAAAUCGACAAACGGCUCGAAUGGUAAUACUUCUAAUGCAGGGCAUACCUCAAACAAAGUUGGUUUAUUCAUUAAAACUAAUUGUCAUACAGGAGACUUGAUUCAUGAAGUUACAGGUGAAAUAGAUUUUCAGAAGAGUUACUUAUUGGAUCCAAAAAAUCAUUACAGAAUUUGGGCUACUCCAAAACCAAAAGUAUUCUUUCAUGCACACUGGCCAAUUCACAUCGAUGCUAGGCUAAGUGGUAAUUUAACAAGGUUCUUGAGAUAUAGUUGUAAGCCAAAUGUGGAACUAGCAACAAUACGCACAACUGAUUCUAAAGAAAACGAGCCUCCUGUAUUGUUUGCUCUAAGAGCUCUUAGAGAUAUAAGUAUGGAUGAAGAACUGCAUAUUGCUUGGCAAUGGGAUUUAAGACAUCCUAUAUGGCAGAUAAUAAAUGAAUCCAAGAAUCUUGAUUCGUUGAACGAAGUAGAUAAGUAUUGGUUAAUUCAUUCUGUGGAUGCUGUAUUAAGAAAUUGUGAAUGUGCAUGCGGGAGCGAUCCAAAUUGUAACCUAUUGAAGGUCAAACAAUAUUCUGAAAACUUUUACAAGCAAGCGAAUUCGAAAAUGAAUAAUCGUUACAGAUUAAGUGAACUUUUAAAUAAUUUCCCAAAACGUAAGUCCACUGAUCAAGGCUCAUUUGAAAAUAAAUCAGUUUCUCAAGUGCCCUUAUUACGAUCCGACGACACGCAUUCUACUAUAGGUAAUUCAUCUGUUACUUACGCUAGAGAACAAACUUUAAGCAAUGCACUAGUGAAAGCCAAUGAAACUCAUAAGUGCCAUAAUAAAUGGCUAUCUGGCGCUAAAAAUAAUAUAUUAAAACAAAAUAAUACAAGUACUAUUAUAAGAGGGCCAGUCAAUGACACUGAAGUGGUCAAGACGAAAAUUAAAGAACAGAAUUCUUCACGUUCAGAAUCUUUUUCUAGCUCAUCUACUGCUAUUGCAUCGGAUGGAGAUGAUGUAAAGGAAGAUGAUUUAUCAUCUUUAAAAAUGUUUUAA